CGUUUCCUCGUUUCCUUGGUGUACACGGGAAAGCAUUCAACACUGAUAUUGUUCCUCGCCAUACACACAACAAUGUCGGGCAACAAUAUGGAGAGCUUGCUUUUGGGUGGGGACGAUUCGUCGUCGGGAGAAUCGGACAGCGAAGCCGCUGCCGCCGCGCCAAGGACGAGUCAGAGUACUCCCACAGCGCAAUCGUCGAUCUCCGCCAACAACCAAUACUCGAACGCGCCCCCGACGGCUGGGAUGAGCCAGUCGGAAAUGUCGCAACGCUUAAAGUCUCUCUAUUCUUCGCCGGGAAAUUCCAAUACUAGUCGUCCUCCAGUCUCGGCACCGCAACCGCAGUCCUAUCCCCAGCAGCCGCAACCCUACGCUUCCGGUCCUGCCGCUCACAGCAGCCAGCAGCAGCAACAACAACAACAACAGCAACCACAACAACAAGCAUCAUCUGCCCCCCUCAUGCGGCAGCAUUCUCAGCCGUCCACACAGCCUCCCACAGUCCAACACGUUGGCGCCGGGGGAGGGGGAGGAGGAGUUCGGCAUGCGACGCACCCCAACGUUAUGAUGCAGUCGCGGGCGCCCCCAUCUUCUUCCCAGAUUUCUCAUCAUCCACAAUCUCGCCACUCGUUGACAAGUUCUACUUCCAACUCUGCUCGUGCUCAUGAUCCCUUUGAACCGACACCAGUAUCGCACAUUCUACAACGCCAACAAGAAAAAGCGCACCAACGUCAGCAACAUCAACACCAGCAGCUACAGCAACCACAAUCGCAACAACAACAACAACAAACUCGUCCAACCAUGCCUUCUGGUGGUGGAGGACCGACCAAUAGUCAGUCCGGGCGCUCGGCCUAUUCCCAACACCCCCUGGCGCCCUCGCAACAACAGCAACGACAACAGGCAUUGUCGAGUAGUCAGGGACAUCAUAGGGCCACCUCGAGUAUGCAGACCGCCAUCACCUCCAACAGCUCCAACAGUGGUGUUCGGACGUCUCAUUCGUCCAAUACGAUGCCGAAUACGAAUCAUCCCAGUGGAUUGACAUCACCCUCUGGCGGGUCGUCGUCUCGUACGAGUUCCAUGCCAACCAAUCCACAGGACCGGGCAGCCAUGGAACGCGAAAUAAAGAAACAAAAGGAAAAGUUUCUCGUCUUCACGCGAGUCUUACUCAAAUAUUUGGAGCAAAAAGAUCCUCCGGUACACGCGAAGGUCAAGGCCAUCAUUAAAGACUGUGCCGAACGCAAUAAGCGCCAAGAACCGGGAUACGAAUCUGUUACCAAGCUAAUGCGCGCUCGCCUCAAGCAAGUGGUGGACGAAGCCUACUGGAAGCGCGCUGAGAACUACUUACACCAUUUCAUGGUGCAAAAAGCCAAGACAGCCCAGGCAGGUUCCAGCUCGGCCGCUGUUGUACUUGCUGACGACAAGACGAGUGGUGUCAGUCUUCCCGGUCCAAGCACUAACGGGAGUAGCGCUACUACGUCAGUGGAAGCAGCAGAACGUAAAAAGGCCGAAUUGCAGAGGCUACGACAACUGCAGCUCGCCCACCAAAAACAGGCUGUGGCAUCCCGAUCAGCUACAUCCACCGGCCAAACAGCUGCGUCCGUGCGUCAAGAAGUCUCUAAGCAAUCGGCACCGCGACAGCAAGCAGCGCAGCCAUCCCCUGCAGCCGCUCCUUCCGCUUCUUCGGCCACACCGUCUUCGACACCGCCGACAGCCGCGUCGACCAAAGGAAAGUCCGGUCAGUCUACCAAGAAAUCACCCAACGCGAGUAAAUCUCGAAAAAGCUCUACGUCGCCCACGCCGCGUCGUACUUCCAAUGCCAGCGGAAGCGGAGCUGCAUCCGCCGCCCCAACUGCCUCUGAAGCGAAGAAAGACCCUGUGGUGCCUCCACCGGUUCGAGAAUACAAGGAAUUUAUGGAAAUGGUUGACCACGCUAUUCAUCUUGGUGACUGGUCGACCACAGCUCUAAUGCUUGGUUCCAAGACAAGCUCGCAAUUAUCUGAAGAACAACGCAAUUUGCUGUAUAGUGAUCCCUCCCCCAUCGGCGCCAUAGUGCCGCCCGAAUCGAUGUUGUUACGACCCGAGUGGGGGCGGACCAACAUUAUUUCGAGCCGCGUUGCUUGGGCACGCCUUCGUUUGCGUGAACAAAAUAUUGACACAAACAGCACACUUCCGGUUGUUGGUGACAACCCUUUGACGUCAAUAUCUUACAAUGGCGACGGCUCCAAAGUGACGCUUAUUUCCCGUCAGAAAGCGACUGCAUGGUUCAACGAAGAUACGGCUGAGAAGGAUUCGACACUCGCGGUUCUUUCUGAAGGGUGCGAGAUCUAUCUCAAAUCUGUCUUGGAAAAGGCCCUGCACUGUGCAAGGCAACGACAGAAUCUGGACGGCAUUCGACUGUGGCAUCAGCAAAGCACUCCAGGAGCGCCUCAACCGCCGUUGACCAUUCGCCUUGGUUGUGAUGUAUCUCGACAAGUUGCUCGAGCUGCAGGCAACGCAGCCAUGACUUGCAAACGUAUGGAAGAAGCUUUGGAACGACAAUCUGAUCUUUCGUCAGCACAACGCACUUUGAGCAAUGCCACGUUAAGUGGAGCGACGAGUAUGGCUGAGUUGUCUCUGAAACCAAAGCUAGCUCGGGGGGCCGAAGACGCAAACUACGAAGCCAAGCGAAGCUUUGAAAUCUACGGUGGCAAAGAAAGCAGUCAGCCACCAUUGGGACGUGUUCCCAAAAAGGCUAAGUUGGAGGUGGCGGACUUUCUUGCCGGUAUGCACUUGGUCAAUCCCGGAAAGCAUCGUGCCAGGACUGUGUCCUCGUCAUUUGCGUUUUGAAGAGUAAUCUCGUGUUUGUCUUACUGUUACACUAUGCGACUUUUGUGAACAACACGAUAACCUCAACCGUAGCCUGGGCGAGAGCAUCGGGUUCGAGGAUUCUAACCCGCCCAUUUUAGUUUGAUAAAACUACCAACGAUCCCUCUUUCACUGGUACAGUCUCACUUAUU